UUAGCAACGCUCAGCCUGAUUCAGCGGCCAUAUUGUUUAUGGUGGCUAGUGAAACAGUGAAGGUGGAGGGCUCAUCGAACAUAAUAUUUUGACGGGAAAAAUUCAGAGCUGUAGCCCGUGAGGCUGCUAUAUUUUGUUGGCAAGCAAUAUGGAACACGGAGUUAAACUCCCCCACUUGCCUGGCAGUAAAGGGAAAGGAACCGAAGAACCCAUACAGUUCCUUCCAGUCUUGCCAUCCAAGAGGGCGAAACCAGCAUGGCAGGUCAACCAGCCAUCUUUCUUUUUGUCUGGUCGCAACAACGAUGAACAACCAAAUGGCAUUGAUCUCAUCAGUGAACUUACUUCUCGGGAGCCAAAGAGACCACGAAAACACCCUGUGCGUCUGAAGCCAAUUGAUUCAAAUCAGAAAAAUGGGGAUCUUGACACUUUCAAACAGCCGAAGAAAGACAGAGAGCAGUUUCGCAAGGCACUUGUGGAAAUUAUUAUGGAGGAGCAGGGUGCUUUACCAAAAAGCGCUGCAGAGACUGCUGAAAAUGGGGAAAUCCCUCAAGUGUCAAGAGCUGCUUCACCCACUGCUGCUGAAAAAGACAUUUUGCGCUAUUAUUACUACAUCCACCAUGGAAUAGACACUGAACAUGUGGCUCCCAUGGAAGAUGCGUGGCUGGAAAAUGUGCUGAGUCUUAUUUCCGACAACCUCAAGGAAGACCAUGAUGAGACUAUUGACAACCUGUCGGAUGAAAUGAGGGAAGACUACCUCUUGAGUGUCAAGAAGGCAAUUGUGGACUUUGUCCUCAAGGACCAGCGGCAGCUGGAGGAAGACCAAAAGGAGAAGCUGCCCCAGCACAGGGAGGAGAUGGCCGUGGUGCCCAAGCCCUGGCACAAGUCUUACCUCUCCUCCCUCGACUUCACCGCGGAGCACCUGCACAACACCAACCCUUGCAUGAUGCAGGUCUUGGACCUCUGGCACAUGAGCUUUGGAAAACUGAGAUUCAUUGACAUUGAAGAGUUCCACCAACGGGAAGAGUCUAUGGAGCUUUCCACUUUCCAGAACCUGUGCAUGCGCCACAUUGAUGCUGCUAAAGAAAGAUUAUUGAAAAAGUGGUUCCCUGAGGUGCAGAACAUUUUCUACCAGGGCAACAAACGCAAGCAGGUGCCCAGCAACCAGGAACAAGAGAAACUGGAAUCCUUUUUCAACUGCGCUGCCACACUGAUGACCCAGAACCUACAAAAUCUGACUUUGGACUCUAUCGGAGACUACACCAACCUUCUUGUCCAGCCAGAGACAUCAGUGCGUGCCUACGAGCACUCCGGUUUCAAACUGCGCCUGAUCCUGGAAGAGUCUGAGAUCAAGUUUGAGCCGACGUUCAGCGACUUUCAGAUUGUGCUGCUGAACGUGUUUGACGUGAUGAUCAAGGCGUCCCGGGACGUGCCUCGAGUAGAAACCAAACUUUACUCGGAAUGGAGUGGCAACAAAGCUAAAGCGUUCUUGCGUCCGGUCAUUCUGGAUGAGAUUGUGGAUGUGCACAAGGUCAAGGUCACUGAGCUGGUGGAAAAGGAAAGCGUGGGCCCAACAGAGCACACAAAGAUCUACGAGAAAUAUGCUGCUCUUAUCUCCAAACAGGCGGAUGAGGACGUGUCAAAGUUCAUCGCGGAAGAACACACAUUUGAGGAGUAUUCCAAGGAGUUGCUCAAGUAUCACAAGCUUGUGGAUGAGAUCACCUACAACUCCAUCAAGGUGAUCCGACUUGGUAUGUUUGAGGUCCACUGCGACGAGCUGACCAGAGCACUGACUAAGAGAGCUGAAGCUCUGCGGAGCAGACUGCUCAUCAAGAUGAGUGAAGAUCACCAAAAGCAGAACAAGCAGCUGGUUGACCAGUAUCGGGAGAUCUCGGACAAGGCCCUGUCCACCCCCGAGAACACGGAGAAGCUGAUGGAGCAGAUGACCUACAUCAACAAGUGUGAGUCAGAGACCAUCUUCGUGCUGGAGAAACAGCUGAUCCAGAGCAAGGACAGGCUCACCUUCCUCAGCGACCACGCCAACUUCUCGCCGGCCGAGACCAGGCUCAAUGCUGAUGUAUUCAAAUGGAACCAGCGUAUGCCUCUGGUCUUUGAGGAGUACAAACAACAGGCUAACGAGAAGAAAAUGCAGUAUGAAGAAGCCCUCAAGUUGCGCAGAGAGCGGUUUGAGGAGGAGUUGGAGAGUUAUGCCAAACAAGUGGAGGAGUUCCAGACUCUGGGAGACAUGUCGGACAUCAACCGCUACCUGAGGAAGGCCCAGACACUAGACAACAAACUGCAGUUGGCAGCUGACAAGAUUGAUGCCUUCAAUAACGAGGAAGAGGCGUUUGGCUGGGACACCACUUCCUACCCCCAGCGUACGUCCAUCAUGAAUGGCCUGAAGCCCUACCACCAGCUCUAUGAGCUCACAGUAGAGUUCAACAAUAAGUACAAAGACUGGAUGGAUGGACCUAUGAGCGGUGUCGACCCAGACGUGGUUGAUCAGGACGUCGGUAAUUUCUGGCGUUCUCUCUACAAACUGGAGAAAACCUUCGAUAGUGUUGCCUCACCCAAGAAGAUUGCCUCCAAGGUCAAGAGCAAAGUGGAAGAGUUCAAGGAGCAUAUGCCUCUGAUCCAGACACUUUUCAACCCUGGUCUUCGCGACCGCCAUUGGCAGCAGAUUUCUGAAAUCGUGGGCUACAAUCUCCGACCGGAUGACUCUUACUGCCUCAGUAAGCUCGUGGACAUGAACCUUGAGCCAUACGUGACCAAGUUCGAGUCCAUUUCUGAGUCUGCUAGCAAAGAGUUCUCACUGGAGAAGGCCAUGGAAAAGAUGAAGGAGGAGUGGUCCGAUAUCGAAUUCGUCAUCAUCCCGUAUCGUGAGACGGGCACGUCCAUCUUGUCUUCCAUCGACGACAUUCAGCAGCUGCUGGACGACCACAUCGUGAAGACGCAGACAAUGAGGGGGUCUCCGUUCAUCAAGCCGUUUGAGGCAGAGAUCAAGGAGUGGGAGACCAAGCUGAUGCUGCUCCAGGACAUCCUGGACGAGUGGCUAAAGGUGCAGGCCACCUGGCUCUACCUGGAGCCCAUCUUCUCCUCCCCGGACAUCAUGGCACAGAUGCCAGAGGAGGGACGACGAUUCUCCACAGUGGACAAGAACUGGCGAGACAUCAUGAAGUCUGCCAACAUUGACAAGCACGUCCUGGCCGUGGUGGACAUUGACAAGAUGCUGGAGAGGCUCAAGAAGUCGAACGAGUUGUUGGAGCUUAUCCAGAAGGGUCUGAACGAGUACCUGGAGAAGAAGCGUCUGUACUUCCCUCGCUUCUUCUUCCUCUCCAACGACGAGCUGCUAGAGAUUCUGUCCGAGACCAAGGACCCAACCAGAGUACAGCCUCAUCUCAAGAAGUGCUUCGAGGGUAUCGCCACCCUGGAGUUCACCGACGUGCUUGACAUCACCCACAUGAAGUCUAGCGAGGGUGAGGUCGUGCUGCUCAAGGACGUCAUCUCUACCUCCAAGGCGAGAGGUCAGGUGGAGAAGUGGCUGCUGGAGCUAGAGGCAGACAUGGUGGCGUCACUCCACAAGGUGGUGGGUGAGGCUUUGGAAGCCUACAAUACGAGCCCUAGGGCAGAGUGGGUGCGCAACUGGCCAGGUCAAACAGUGCUGUGUGUGUCGCAGAAGUACUGGACGUCUUUCAUCCAUGAGUCCAUCCGUGUUGGACAAGAUUCUUUGGCCAAGUACCUGGAACUGAACAACUCCCAGAUCGACGAGGUGGUGGCCUUGGUGCGUGGUGACCUCUCCAAGCAGAACCGGGUCACGCUGCAGGCGUUGAUCGUGCUGGACGUGCAUGCUCGGGACGUGCUGGCUCAGCUGGUGGAGGAGAACGUGUCCAGUGAGCUGGACUUCAAGUGGCUCAGUCAGCUGCGUUACUACUGGGAGGACAACCAGAUGAUCACACGUAUGAUCAACGCCAUGUUGCCUUACGGCUACGAGUACCUGGGCAACUCGGGACGUCUGGUUAUCACACCUCUGACUGACAGAUGUUACAGGACUCUGUUUGGAGCUCUUCAUCUCCACUUGGGAGGUGCCCCUGAAGGUCCUGCUGGUACUGGAAAGACGGAGACAACCAAGGAUUUGGCAAAGGCUGUGGCUAAGCAGUGUGUGGUGUUUAACUGCUCUGACGGCCUUGACUACAUUGCGCUGGGCAAGUUCUUCAAGGGUCUGGCCUCAUGUGGUGCCUGGUCCUGCUUCGAUGAGUUCAACCGCAUUGACCUGGAGGUCUUGUCCGUGGUGGCCCAACAGAUUCUCACCAUCCAGAGAGGCAUUCUGUCUCAUUCGGACACACUGAUGUUUGAGGGAACCGAGCUGAAGCUGGACCCGACCUGCUCUGUCUUCAUCACCAUGAACCCUGGCUAUGCUGGACGUUCUGAACUGCCAGACAACCUCAAAGCCCUGUUCCGUACCGUGGCUAUGAUGGUUCCUGACUAUGCGCUCAUCGCUGAGAUCUCCCUGUACUCGUGUGGUUUCGUCAAUGCCCGGCCGCUCUCUGUGAAGAUUGUGGCUGUGUACCGGCUGUGCUCAGAGCAGCUCUCCUCGCAGCACCAUUACGACUACGGCAUGAGGGCGGUCAAGUCUGUGCUCACAGCCGCUGCUAACUUGAAACUAAAAUACCCUGAGGAGGAUGAAAACAUUCUGAUGUUGCGAUCCAUCAUUGACGUGAACUUGCCCAAGUUCCUGAACCAUGACUUGCCCCUCUUCCACGGUAUAACCUCUGACCUUUUCCCUGGGGUCACUCUGCCAGAACCCGACUACGUGGAUCUGAACAAUGCCAUCAAAGAAAUGUGCGAGAAGGAAAAUUUGCAGUGCACCGAUUUCUUCCUCGAAAAGAUUCAGCAGAUCUAUGAGAUGAUGAUUGUUCGUCACGGCUUCAUGAUUGUUGGAGAGCCUCUAGGAGGAAAGACCAGUGCGUACCGCACUCUUUCCCUUGCCUUAGGGUCACUCAAGGAGAAGGAACUGAUGAAUGAGAACAAAGUCCAGAUCACAGUUAUCAACCCCAAGGCCAUCACCAUGGGACAGCUGUACGGACAGUUUGACCCGGUCUCUCACGAGUGGUCAGAUGGCAUCCUGGCCGUGUCUUACAGAGCUUUUGCAACAUCCACUUCGGAGGACAGGAAGUGGCUUAUUUUCGACGGCCCGGUUGACGCCAUCUGGAUCGAGAACAUGAACACUGUGCUGGACGACAACAAGAAGCUCUGCCUCAUGUCCGGCGAGAUCAUCCAGCUGGCACCCACCACCAACCUCAUGUUUGAGCCCAUGGAUCUCGAGGUCGCCUCGCCCGCCACUGUGUCCCGCUGUGGUAUGAUCUACAUGGAGCCCACCACCCUGGGCUGGAGGCCUCUGGUCAAGUCCUGGAUGGUGCAGCUUCCCUCCACCAUGACAGAAAUCCACCGCAGCGUCAUCAACGACAUGUUUGAGCGCUUCGUCGAUGCGGGCCUACAGCUGGUCCACAAGGCAGGGGUCAAGGAACUGUCACCAACGACAGACUCCAAUCUGGUGGUGGCUCUGAUGUCUCUCAUCGACUGCCAAUUGGACGAGUUCCAUGACGAAGCCAAAAUAUCCCAGCUGGAGGAACGAGAGAUCAUCACAUGGCUGGAAAGUAUCUUCCUGUUUGCCCUCACAUGGUCCCUGGGUGCAAGCAGUGACGACAAAGGACGCCUUCGUUUUGACAAGCUGGUUCGCGAACUCAGCUCUGGUGGCAUGACUGAAGAGACUCGCAAAGACUUGGGACUUGUGGACCUGAUUGAACCCCCGAUGAAGCCUUACGUGAACCCUUUCCCACCCAAGGGAAAGAUCUAUGACUACAGAUUUGUCAAAGAGGGCUCUGGCAAGUGGGCACCGUGGGCUGAUGACAUCAAAGACACGCCUCCCAUCCCCAAGGAGGCCCUCUUCAACGAGAUCAUUGUGCCGACGGUGGACACAGUCCGCUACACAGCGCUGCUGGAAAUGCUGAUUCAGCACGGCAAGCCCUGCCUCUUUGUGGGACCCACGGGAACUGGCAAGAGUUGCUACAUUACAGAUUUCCUGCUGAGCAAACUGAACAAGGAGGUGUACAAACCAAACAUUGUCAACUUCUCUGCGCAGACGUCAGCCAACCAGACACAGAACAUCAUCAUGUCCAAACUGGAUAGGCGCCGGAAAGGAGUCUUUGGACCGCCACUCGGCAAAAAAGCUGUUGUGUUUGUGGAUGACUUGAACAUGCCCAUGCAAGAGACGUACGGUGCCCAGCCUCCCAUCGAGUUGCUUCGCCAGUGGCUUGACCACUGGAACUGGUACGAUCUCAAGGACACCACAGGCAUUAAACUGGUGGACAUCCAGUUUGUGGGUGCCAUGGGACCACCGGGUGGUGGCCGAAACCCGAUCACCCCUCGCUUCCUGCGUCACAUGAACACCGUGACCAUCAACGAGUUUGAUGACGAGACAAUGACCACCAUUUUCCGCAGCAUCAUGGACUGGCACAUCAGCGCCCGUGGGUUCAGCAACGAGUUCAAGCCGUGUGCCGAGCAGAUUGUGACCGGUACCCUGGAGGUCUACAAACUGGCACUCCAGAACCUUCUGCCCACACCAGCCAAGUCCCACUACCUGUUCAAUUUGAGAGACUUCUCCCGUGUGAUUCAGGGAGUGCUUCUGUCUACCCCAGAAAUCAUUGAGGAGCCGACGUCCAUGAAAAAGCUCUGGGUUCAUGAAGUGUUCCGUGUGUACUAUGACCGUCUAGUGGAUGACGCUGACCGCGACUGGCUGUACAAGGCCACCAGGGAGAUCAUCAAGGACAAAAUGAGAGAGGACUUUGACCAGAUCUUUGCUCACCUCGACUCAGACAACGACGGAACCGUGACAGAGGAUGACCUGCGCUCUCUGAUCUACUGUGACUUUGCUGAUCCCAAGUCCGACUCGCGCAGCUACACUGAGGUGCGAGACCUGGAGAACUUGAGGCAUGUUGCUGAGGGAUACUUGGAGGAAUUCAACAACAUGAGCAGGAAGCCCAUGAAUCUUGUGCUGUUCCGAUUUGCCAUUGAGCACGUGUCCAGAAUUGCUCGCAUCAUCAAACAGCCACGUAGCCACGCCCUUCUUGUGGGAGUGGGCGGGUCUGGCCGGCAGUCAGUGACGAGACUGGCCACUCAUAUGGCAGAUUAUGAUCUCUUCCAAGUGGAGAUCUCCAAGAGUUACACAUCCACCGAGUGGAGAGAAGAUCUCAAGCGAAUCCUCAGGAAAGCCACAGAGACAGAAAAUCAUGCGGUCUUUCUCUUUUCUGACACCCAGGCAAAGGGACAAGACAAAGCAGACAGACGGUUCCCUGGUGGCGCUGUUCAACCUCUUUGUGUCACGUGUGCGAGACCAGCUGCACAUUGUGCUCGCCAUGAGCCCCAUUGGGGACGCCUUCCGCAACAGGCUCAGGAAGUUCCCAUCUCUGGUGAACUGCUGCACAAUCGACUGGUUCCAGAGCUGGCCUGAAGAUGCCCUGCAGGCCGUUGCCUCUCGUUUUCUGGAGGAGAUUGAGAUGGGAGAAGAGGAGCGGGCUGGCUGUAUCCGCAUGUGCAAGCAUUUCCACACAUCCACACGUGAGGUGUCGGAGAAGUUCCUUCUGGAGUUGGAGAGACAUAACUAUGUGACUCCUACCUCCUAUCUGGAGUUGAUCAGCACCUUUAAGACCCUGCUGGGGAGGAAAAGAGAGGAAGUGAUGAAGCAAAAGAAGCGCUACGAAGUGGGUCUGGAAAAACUAGACUCUGCUGCCUCCCAGGUGUCCACUAUGCAGAAGGAACUGACAGAUCUGCAGCCUCAGUUGGUUGUUGCCUCCAAAGAAGUGUCAGAAAUUAUGGUGGUCAUUGAGAAGGAGUCGGUGGAGGUGGCCAAAGUUGAGAAGGUUGUCAAAGCUGAUGAGGCAGUAGCCAAUGAGCAAGCCCGCGGUGCCCAGGCCAUCAAGGACGAGUGUGACUCGGACCUGGCUGAAGCUCUGCCCAUCCUGAACUCUGCCCUAGCUGCCCUGGACACCCUGACCCCACAGGAUAUCACUAUUGUGAAAUCAAUGAAGUCUCCUCCCUAUGGAGUGCGCCUUGUCAUGGAGAGCAUCUGUGUGCUCAAAGGCAUCAAACCUGAUCGAGUGCCGGAUCCUUCUGGAACAGGAAAAAAGAUCGAGGAUUUCUGGGGCCCUUCCAAGAAACUGCUCGGAGACAUGAAGUUUCUGGAAUCUUUACAUAACUUUGACAAAGAUAACAUCCCAGUGGCUUACAUGAAGACCAUCAGAGCCAAGUACACUCCUAACCCGGACUUUGACCCCGACAAGAUCAAGGUCGCCUCCACUGCCUGUGAAGGUCUGUGCAAGUGGGUGCGGGCCAUGGAAACCUACGACAAGGUGGCCAAAGUAGUUGCUCCCAAGAAAGAAUCGCUGAAGAAGGCUGAAGCUGAACUUUCUGUGGCCAUGGCUUCCCUUGAGAAGAAACGCGCAUCUCUGCGAGAGGUUCAGGAAAAACUGAACAAGCUUCAGGAGACUCUGGAGGCGAACAAGACCAAGAAGGCGGAGCUGGAGAAUGAAGUGGACCUGUGCACUAAGAAGCUGGCCCGUGCUGAGCAGCUGAUCGGCGGCCUGGGUGGAGAGAGGGACCGCUGGAGCCAAGAGGCGCGGGAGCUGGGCAAGAAGUACAUCAACCUGACUGGAGACGUGCUGGUCUCCUCCGGUAUUGUGGCGUACCUGGGAGCCUUCACUUCUGCUUUCAGACAGGAAACAGCCAAUGAUUGGCUGAAAACAGUGCAAGAGAAAGGUCUGCCUUGCUCGAGUGACUUUAAUCUCAUCAACACCCUGGGAGAGCCGGUCAAGAUCAGAGAGUGGAACAUUGCGGGUCUGCCCACAGACAGCUUCUCCGUGGAAAACGGCAUCAUCAUCAGCAAUGCCCGCCGCUGGCCCUUGAUGAUUGACCCUCAGGGACAGGCCAACAAGUGGGUGAAGAACAUGGAGAAGGCCAACAAUGUCCACGUCAUCAAGCUCAGCGAUGCAGACUUUGUCCGCACCCUGGAGAACUGUAUCCAGUUUGGCACCCCGGUUUUGCUGGAGAAUAUCCAGGAAGAGCUUGACCCCAUUCUGGAGUCUCUGCUGCUGAAGCAGACUUUCAAGCAGGGUGGCAGCAUCUGCAUCAAGCUGGGUGACAGCACCAUCGAGUACUCCCACGACUUCAAGUUCUACAUCACCACCAAACUGAGGAACCCCCACUAUCUCCCCGAGACAGCCGUGAAGGUGACUCUGCUCAACUUCAUGAUCACCCCCGAGGGCCUGGAGGAUCAGCUGCUGGGUAUCGUGGUGGCCAAGGAGAGGCCGGAGUUGGAGGAGGAGAAAAACCAGCUGAUCUUGCAGAGUGCCGCCAACAAAAAACAACUGAAGGAGAUUGAGGACAAGAUUCUAGAGGUACUUUCUUCUUCCGAGGGAAACAUUCUGGAAGAUGAGACAGCCAUCAAAGUGCUGUCCUCCUCAAAGAAACUCUCCAACGAGAUCUCGGAGAAACAGGCCAUCGCUGAGGAGACAGAGAAAAAGAUCGACACAGCUCGUCUUGGCUACAAGCCCAUCGCCAUUCACAGCACCAUCCUGUUCUUCUCCAUCGCCGACUUGGCCAACAUUGAGCCCAUGUACCAGUACUCACUCUCCUGGUUCAUCAACCUCUUCAUCUUGUCCAUCGAGAACGCUGAGCGGUCAGAGGACUUGGAGAAGAGACUGCAGAACUUGCAUGACCACUUCACAUACUCACUUUACUGCAACGUGUGUCGGUCACUCUUUGAGAAGGACAAGCUGCUGUUCUCCUUCCUGCUGUGCGUCAACAUCCAGAAGCACAGUAAGGAGGUGGAUGAGGAGGAGUGGCGCUUCCUGCUGACCGGAGGCAUUGGCCUGGACAACCCGCACUCCAACCCCACCACCUGGUUGCCCUCCAAGUCCUGGGACGAGCUCUGCCGCCUGGACGAGAUGGCCAACUUCAAGGACAUCCGUAAGAAACUCAUGACCCAGAAAGACCAGUGGAAGGUUCUCUACGACAGUAUGGAACCGCACCACGAGAAAUUGCCAGGUGACUGGAACGAUCGACUUGGCAGCUUCCAGCGGCUACUGGUCUUACGUUGCUUCAGACCCGACAAGGUCAUUCCUGCUCUACAAGAGUUUGUCUCAGAGAAGAUUGGCAAGAAGUUCAUUGAGCCGCCACCCUUUGACCUGCCAAAGGCAUUUGGAGACAGCAACUGUACUGCCCCCUUGCUGUUUAUUCUCUCCCCUGGCGCUGAUCCGAUGGCUGCCUUGCUGAAGUUUGCAGAUGACCAGGGCUUUGGUGGCGGCAAGUUCGACUCGCUCUCCCUUGGCCAAGGUCAAGGUCCCAUUGCCCUGAAGAUGAUGGAGAAAGGUAUCAAAGAGGGCACGUGGGUCAUGCUGCAGAACUGCCAUCUGGCUUCUUCCUGGAUGUCAACAUUGGAGAAGAUCUGUGAGGAAUUCAACCCAGAGUCCACGCACCCUGACUUCCGGCUGUGGCUGACCUCCUACCCCUCCGACACCUUCCCGGUGUCCAUCCUACAGAAUGGGGUCAAGAUGACCAAUGAGCCACCCAGUGGGCUACGCUUCAACAUCAUCAAAUCCUACAUGAGUGACCCCAUCUCCGAUAUGGAAUUCUUCAACGGUUGCAAGCAGGCUAAUGCGCCCAAGUUCAAGAAGCUGCUGUACGGCCUGUGUUUCUUCCACGCGCUUGUCCAGGAGCGCCGUAAGUUUGGACCCCUGGGCUGGAACAUCCCCUAUGAGUACAACGAGACGGACCUCAGGAUCAGCGUGCAGCAGCUACAGAUGUUCCUCAAUGACUACGAUGAUGUCCAAUACGAGGCUUUGAGCUACCUGACGGGAGAGUGUAACUACGGCGGCCGUGUGACCGACGACUGGGACCGACGCACUCUGUUGACCAUUCUCAACCAGUUCUACUGCCCCAGCAUUAUCGAGAAUGAGAAGUACCUCUUUGAUGACAGCGGCUAUUACUACAGCCCACCCGAGGGCGAGUAUGACAGCUACCUGGAGUACACCAGAAACCUGCCUCUGAACCCGUCUCCCGAGAUCUUCGGCAUGCACGCUAACGCCGAUAUCACCAAGGACCAGAAGGCUACUCAGCUUCUCUUUGACAACAUCCUGCUCACACAGAAAAGGGCAAGGGCAUCUAGUGGUGGCGGAAAGUCAACGGACGACAUUGUGGAUGAUGUAGCGACUGACAUUCUGAGCAAACUGCCACCCAACUUUGACACCGAUGCUGCACUGAGGAAGUACCCAACCUCCUACAGUCAGAGCAUGAACACUGUCCUGGUUCAGGAGAUGGUCCGCUUCAACCGACUGCUGGGCACCGUCCGCACCAGUCUGGCCAACAUCAAGAAAGCCAUCAAGGGUCUUGUGGUUAUGUCGGCUGACCUUGAGGAGGUCGUGCUGAGCAUUCUUAAGGGCAAGAUCCCCGGCAUGUGGAUGAAGCGCUCCUACCCAUCUCUGAAACCUCUGGGAAGCUAUGUCAACGACUUUAUUGCCAGACUCAAGUUCCUACAGGAUUGGUACGAUGUUGGACCGCCUCCAAAUUUUUGGAUUUCCGGCUUCUUUUUCACCCAGGCCUUCUUGACAGGAGCCCAACAGAACUAUGCCAGGAAGUUCACUAUUCCCAUUGACUUGUUGGGUUAUGACUAUGAAGUCCUCGAGGACAAGGAGUAUGACGAGGCUCCUCAGGAUGGUGUCUACGUUUACGGCCUGUUUGUGGAUGGUGCCAGGUGGGACCGGAAGACGAAGAAAUUGAACGAGUCCAACCCCAAGGAAUUGUUUGACUCCAUGCCAACGAUGUGGCUCAAACCGUGCAAGCGGUCAGACAUCCCAGAGAGCUCAGCCUACAAGUGUCCGGUGUACAAGACCAGCGAGAGGCGUGGCACGCUGUCCACCACCGGUCACUCCACCAACUUUGUCAUCGGUAUGAUGAUUCCGUCCGACCGGCCACAGCAACACUGGGUGCGCCGUGGGGUGGCCCUGCUCUGCCAGCUCGAUGACUAGAGGACAACUAGAGGACGACAACUGGACAGGACAAUUUUGUCCUUUAACUAGGACAGGACAGUAUGGUCCUCAUGUCGUGCUUUGGUGCAUUUCCAAGGUUUUGUUUUAGUGAUUUGACAAAUUUGUUUUUCUGUUCGAGAGAGUUUAUUUAACCUUUUUUUGUACCAGCCAUCUGUAAAAGUAUUAUUAGGAUGAAUGUAUUGUUAUCUUUCUUUUUGAAAACUAUUGUCAUCACAUUUUCAUGCCAGUAAAUUUACUUUUUUUUUUUUUAAAUUUGUGGAGGAAAAAGGUUGUUUUUUUCGUCCAAAGCCAUGUGAAACAUUCCAUGUACUCAUAAAUGAAGCAAUCACAUACUAAUCUUACAAUACAUUAAUUUAUUGAUGUACAUACACUAUGUAAUGUAUUUCCUUUUUUUUCUCUCGUAUUCUUGCAUGCCGAAUUGAAUGGCUAUGUCUCACAUUUUGUCUAUUUUGACAGUCUUUACAAUGCUUGUUUUUAAUUUGACUGUCACAUUAGAAUUUUAGCUUUAAUAGCAAAUCAAAGGAAACCUUGUAGUUUUAGGAAAUGCUAUUGCUUGAAAUAACCUAUUACUUUUUUCAGUUGCAAAGUUGAUUUUACUUCAACUGUGGUGUUGCCCCAUUUUUAAAAGACCUCUUUUGUGUCAGUUGAUGUUCUUUUAAGAGCUUAGCUUCCUGCAUCUGGAUUAUUUAUUUUGAAAAUCAGCCAAUAAGUUUUAAAUGACUUUUAAAUGAGACAAAUAUUGUCAGUAUUAUAUGAAGGUUACUUUUCAGAGAUAUGAGAAUAUGAUAAAAAUGUUAGAAAAGACGAGUGCAUUAACCUUGAUAUGUACUAUAUCAUAUACUUUUGUUGUUUGAUAAUCUGACUUCCAUGCUUUUGUCACUGCUGAAUAUUUCAGAGUUUUUUCCUAUUCAGGAUGUGUAAAAUGUUUAUAUACAAAUCUUGACUUGCUUGGUGUCUUGCUGUCUUGUAAGCACUCCACAAGUGUUUUAAGAAAGAGAGUUAAAAUAUCGUACAGAUGAUAUACUAAAUAUACUAUUGCUGUACUUUGAUCAUGUUUCACUUUAUGUUGGACGUUCCUCUCGGAGCAAGACAGACAUCACAAACUAUGUGCCUCUUUGUUAUUAUUAUAUAAUACAUGUUCACAAAAUUUCAGGUUUAUUUUACAAAGCGAGUGAUAUGUUUGAAGUGGUCUGUGAUAUUUUAUUUUGCUUUGUUUCAUUGUUGCGACUACCCCUUCCGUCCAGUCUUGCUGUCAUAUUUUAUAAUGGCUACAAAACUUUUGUACCUCGACCGACAGGGAAGGAACCAAUUAUUCUUCAUUUUUUUAAUAACCUUCUAUAGGGGCAGACUGUUUAUGUUUUUGUAGUUUUUGUAGAGCUAAUGUGCAUAAUUGGGAGGUAACAGAAAUGAAAUCAUGCUGUUAAGCAGCUUUCCAAUAAUGGUUUCUUUACUAUCGUUAUGCCGAGUUCCCUAAUUAUGUUCGUCAUAUACUGUUUCAUCCCAUUUUGUGUGUAAGAAGGGAACUAAAAUCAGUGCAGAAUGUACUCUUGUUGCUGGUCCUGUCAAGAUUCAAAGGCUGAUGAAAAAUCGCAGCCUUGAGUAACUUUCACAUGCAAAACAAAAAAAAUAGAGUGAGUUUUAUAUUGGUCAUUUUCAAAUAAAGUAUUUCACUAAAGAACCUU